AUGAAUCGAGCAAGAAAAUCAUCUGGAAAUUGUGGAUGUUUUCGAAAUGCAUUUUGUCUUUUGAAACCAUCAACAAGUGGCGAAAAUGGGGAAAGCGACAAAAAAUUGCUGAAUUCAGCAACUGGAAUUCAAAUCGAAGAAGAACAUGUGAGUUUUUAAAGGGAGGAGGGGUACUGUAAGAUUACAAAAAUUGUAUCUUGAAAGUUACGGUACCCCCUACUAUUAAAAAAAGCACCAUAAAACAAAUAUUUUCAAAUUUAGACCCCACCAAUUCGUCCUCGAAAAGUUCCACCGCUUGAUUUGAAUGGAGCCCAACAAAAUUGGAAACAAGAACACGAAGUGAUAUGUAAGUGACUAAUUAUUUCUGAAUUCUCUUAAUUUUCUAUGCUCUCUCAUUUCGCAAUGCUCAUUAAAACAUGUCGUGUGUUGCACAAGAAGUUAAUUCUCAGCUUCUUCUUUUCUUUGUUUUUUUGGAGAUUCUAUAAAAACACAAAGUCAUUUUUUCAUUGACCAAACGAUUUCCUCAAACUGUCAAGAGUCACUUGACUUAUGAUUUUCCUCCUACUCUAACUCUAGAAAAAUAGAAACUCAAUUUAGUUUUCUAUCUAUUCAUCCAUCCAUAUUUUUGGCGAUGUGUCCAAAUCCAAUCAAAAAACAUCGACGACAAAAAGCACUCGCUUGAGAAAAAAAAAGAAAGAAGAAGAAGAAAAAGAUCCUAAGUCAAUCAACAGAUCGGAAAGAAGCUCGGAAAAGUAGGAGGAGGAGAAGGAGAAUAGAAGCCGAAAAACAUGGUCAAAACUUUAUUUUAGGCAUUCCCCCUCACUUUUUUUUCCAGAAUACAAUUUAUUCAUAAAAUUGUAUUAUAAAACUACUUGAUGCGUAAAAGUGGUUUUUCCAUGACCUCUAGACUCAAAUUUUGUCCCCGGAAAAAAUGAUCCGUACAUUUUUUUUGAAUUUGCUAUUGAGGCUAAAUGUUUUUUAUUCCACUAAAAUACUAAUUAAUUAUUGUAGUUUAUUGUUUUUGUACAAACGUUUAUGAAGUGUGGUUUAAGAAUAGUUUGUUUCAGAACUAGCAAAUAUUUCAAAUUUUGAGUUUAAUCUGUCUGACUCUUAGGUUUAGGUGUUAUGAGAGAUAAAGAUAUUCAAAACCGGUGAGCAUAGAAUCCCCUUCUCUUUUCCAACUUCCACCCUCGGGAAAAAAGAUCGAAAUAUAUUUUCCUAAAUGUUUUCUAUCUAAUCUGUGGUGUUUUUGGGUGUACAUAAAACAAACUUCCGGUUUUUCCCAUCUGAAUUUUCAUCUCUUCUUUCUUUUUUUCGCCGAUUUUCCAAUUAGAUACUCAUUCAAUUUUUUACUCAUACAAUGGAACAACAAAAAACGCAAAAAGCGUUUUCAGGAAUACCUUUAUGCGUGUUUCGAAAUCCGAUUGUCAAAAUAUUCGAACUUGUUCGAAAAAAGCCACCACUUCCAAGACCACAAAUGUUUGUCUUCAGUGCAAUGACAUUGCCACCUUCAACAUCUAUGAAUAAUGGUGAAUAUGAGUUAAAUAAAAUACAAAAUUGAGUAGAAAGAGUUUGCGGAAAUACUGAAAUUCAACAUCGUAAAAAAUAAUAUUAUAAUUUGUUUAUUUUCAGUAGAUGCACAUCAACGACCAAAAAGUCUUCUACGUCGAUCACAAGUUCCGGAAAAAUCAUGUUCCCAACCAUCUUCACCAACUAAAAAAACAUAUGACAAUGCUCCAGCCCUCGAAUCUUUAGAGAAGUUAGUUUAUGUUUUGCGAGUCGGAAAAAUAAUAAAAAACAAAUCUGGGCCCCCGAAGAAGAUAAUCCCGGAUUUUGGAUUUUGUAGGGUUCUUCAUAUUUUUUAUUUUCUAUUUCUCUCGCUUCCACAAUUUUCUCCUCUUGCCUCCAAUUUUUGACCUCUCUUCAUUUUUGUUCAACUAUAGAUAAGUUUCCUUGGUAACCGCCUGCUCAUCUCGCGAGCGCGCGAGCAUAUUUAUCAGAAAAAAAGAGGAAAAUGAUGAUGAUAAAAAUCGAAAAAGAAAAUUAUAUAUGCGAGAAGAAGAAGCAGAAGUGAGUGUAUGUGAGAGGAGCAUAUGAGUUGGGAGACAUCUUAUAAGCUUUUCGGAUCAGCCACUUUAUAUUUUUUUCGUGAGCACGCCAGUUUCAAACAUAUUUAUUUUUGGUUACUGUGGAUUUUUCUUCUUCUUCAGCUUCUUCAUUUUUUAUUUACUCAAAAACUUUCUAUUCAUUUUUAAUUGGCUCAACUUCUUUUUUUUCUAUCAAUUAAUUAAAUAGCCCUACAGUAACCCUUCCCAUUCUGUUUCAAAGAUGAUGAUCGUUGGGGACACUUUUGGAUUUUAUCAGUUGGUACUGAGAAAACAUGCGUGUAGGUUAGUAUAAUUAAUAUUCAAAAAACAAUCAGCUGGUAAUUAAAAUAUAUUCCAUUGAAAAAUGAAAACUGAAAUACAUAAUCAAAAGAAAAUUGUAGACUUCGAUAUAUUCUACAUCAAUUGAAUAGUGGACAACUUCCUCUCGAAGAUUUGAAAAGAAAUAUCGAAUAUGCGGCUCUCGUUUUGGAAACUGCAUAUAUGGAUGAAACAAGGUAAGAAUUAUUUAUGAAAAAUGAGAGGGUGACUAAAAACAUUAUAAAAUACAUAUAACUUAUCAAAUGUUUCAGGAGGAUUUGUGACGAAGAUGAUGAUUUGGCUGAAGUGACACCGGAAACAGUUCCAGAUGAAGUUCGAGAAUGGUUGGCUGCCACAUUCACCCGUCAAAAUGCGGGUAAAAAACGAGACAAACCAAAAUUCAAAUCGGUUGCCAAUGCAAUUCGAACUGGUAUUUUCUUCGAAAAAUUGUUCCGUAAACAACAAGCGGUGACUUGUCCAAUUCCACCGGAAAUUGCCGAAUUAAUGAAAGAUGUUUCGUCUUGGUCAUUUAAUCCAUUUACAUUACAUGAGGUUUCUGAGGGACAUGCAUUGAAAUAUGUCGGUUUUGAACUUUUCAAUCGAUAUGGAUUUAUGGAUCGGUUCAAAGUUUGUUGAAAUAUUUUGAUUAGAAAAAUAUCUAAAUUUAGGUUCCACUCUCAAACUUGGAAAAUUAUCUUGCUGCACUUGAAGUUGGUUAUUCAAAACAUAAUAAUCCAUAUCAUAAUAUAAUUCAUGCUGCGGAUGUUACACAAUCAUCUCAUUUUAUGUUAUCUCAAACUGGAUUAGCUAAUUCAUUGGGUGAUUUAGAAUUAUUGGCUGUUAUUUUUGGAGCAUUAAUUCAUGAUUAUGAACACACGGGUCAUACUAAUAAUUUCCAUAUUCAAUCACAGUAAGAUAACUUUAUUUUCGAAUUUAUUCAUUUUUUCUAAAAAAAAUUAUUUUCUUAAAGAUCAAAUUAUGCGAUGUUGUAUAAUGAUCGAAGUGUUUUGGAAAAUCAUCACGUAUCUUCAUGUUUCCGGUUAAUGAAAGAAGACGAUAAAAAUAUUUUGGCACAUUUGACGAGAGAUGAAUAUAAGGAAUUAAGAAAUAUGGUUAUUGAGAUUGUUUUGGCAACUGAUAUGUCAACACAUUUUAUGCAAAUCAAAACAAUGAAAUCAAUGCUUAGUUUACCUGAAGGGUUUGUUUUUCAAAACUACAAUAACCGAGAGAUUACAAAAAAUUGUUUCAGAAUUGAUAAGAAUAAAGCGUUGUGUCUUAUUGUUCAUGCUUGUGAUAUUUCACAUGCUUCAAAACCAUGGAAUCUUCAUUCAAGAUGGACUGAAGGUGUUCUUGAAGAAUUUUUCCGACAAGGAGAUCUCGAGGCAUCAAUGGGUUUACCGUAUUCUCCACUUUGUGAUCGUCAUACAGUUCAUGUUGCUGACAGUCAAAUUGGUUUUAUUGACUUUAUCGUUGAGCCAACAAUGGUUAUUUGUGGGGAAUUAUUGGUUAAAAUGGUCGAACCAUUGGUGUCACUUCCACCAUCAGAUUCGCUUUUCCCACCAAGUGUUGAAGGCGAAGAUAAAUCACCAAGCAAUGCAUUAUCACCACUUCCAGAUAUGUAAGUUUUCGGUGUUUUUAAAAUGUGUCUGUGAUUAAUUUUUGCAUGCUCGAAUGUUUUAAUCUGAUUUGAGUGCCUGUUUUCAAAAUUCUACAUUUAGUUCCAGGCGUAAUUCAUCUGUCUCACCAUCAUCGAUUCGUAAAAUUCCAUUAAAUUAUUGUGGAAAAUUAGACAUUCCGACACCAUGGAUGAAAUUCUUACAUGAAAAUAAAGCAUCUUGGAAAGAACGUGCUGUCAAAGGUAUUUUCUUUUUGUUUUUUGAUUCAUAACUAAUUUAUUAUAUUUUUUUGCAGAAGAAGAAGAACGGAAAGCUGCAGAAGCUGCGGAAGCCGCAAAAACUGAAGAAAAUAAAGAAAAUGGUGCAUAG